ACUUGUUCUGGCGCCAAACACUUUGAUCCCGGUGGUCGUCCGAGCAGCUCGCCGCUGUUUUGCUCCCACAUUAGUUAACAGGUUAAUUUUCUGACUUUACGGCACUUUUCCGCCAAAGUGUUCCUCAACAAAAUGAUCGGACAGAAAACUAUUAACUCGUUUUUCACGCCCGUGUCUAAGAAGAGACUUUCUGAGGAUCUAAAUGAAGUCGAGGAGGAUGCAAACGACCCGAAGAAGAAGCUGAAGUCGGCGGUGGAGCCGGAGCCGUCCAGCCCGCCUCCUGCUCCUCUGUCCCCGGAUCAGCUGGACAGGAUCGCCCGCAACAAGCGAGCGGCGCUGGAGAAACUGGCUUCCGCUCAGACGCCUCCAGGGUUCGGGGAGAGCUGGAGAAAAGGACUGUCGGCUGAGUUUGGAAAGCCCUACUUCAGACGAUUGAUGAGCUUCGUGUCUGAGGAGAGGAGACGCCACACGGUGUACCCACCUGCUGAUCAAGUCUUCACCUGGACACAGAUGUGCGACAUCCGGGAUGUCAAAGUGGUGAUUCUCGGUCAGGAUCCAUAUCACGGACCGAACCAAGCCCACGGACUGUGCUUCAGUGUGAAACGACCGGUGAAUCCUCCACCCAGUUUGGAGAACAUGUACAAAGAACUGGUGUCGGACAUCGAAGGCUUUCAGCACCCCGGACACGGAGAUCUGAGCGGAUGGGCCAGACAAGGCGUGCUGUUGCUCAACGCUGUGCUGACCGUCCGAGCGCACCAGGCCAACUCCCACAAAGACAAAGGCUGGGAGACGUUCACGGACGCCGUGGUUCAGUGGCUCAGCAACAACCAGCAGGGCCUCGUCUUCAUGCUGUGGGGGUCGUACGCUCAGAAGAAAGGAGCUGCGAUCGACCGGAGGCGCCACCACGUCCUGCAGGCUGUGCAUCCGUCUCCGCUGUCGGCUCAUCGAGGGUUCUUUGGUUGCAAGCAUUUCUCCAAGGCCAACGAGCUGCUGAAGAAAUCAGGAAAGUCUCCUGUAGACUGGAAGGCACUUUAAGUUGUUCAGCAUGUCGGCUUUUCUAACACGUCUGCUGGUUUAACUACACAACAAAAACCUGUCCAUAAGCUUUACUCAGUUUCCUGUUCUGGCAGAUUAGUUCCUUUUUGGCAAAUGUUAUAUUUUGUUUUAUACACUGAACUUUCAUAAAAGCCUUUAUCUACAGCUGUUUGUAACAUCUGCACCUUUUGUAACUGUCAACAUUGUAAAUAAAUUGUCCUGUUUGUUUUGUUUUUUUUACUUUUUUAUUAAAAUGUUGGAUCUAUUAAAAGUGGUUCCAGAAGCUGA